GAUCAGGUACUGAGUAGGUUUUUGGGAGGAGAUUUGCAGAUCAGUGAUUCUGCGCAGUCCGAGUGCAAUGUAGUCGAUUUUAAACAAACAUUGUUUCAUUCUAAACUCUGCCUUAAUUGUACCAGUCCCUGUCAUAGCCAUGGGGGUCUGCUCUCUCUCUUACUACAUGAAUCCAUAUGUGUUAUUUCAUCAUUUUGAUGUCUUCAAUAUUAUUCUACAAAGUAGAAAAUAGUACAAAAUAAAGGAAAACCGUUGAAUGAUUAGGUGCGGUAGCAGAGAGAACAGUCUAUGACUAGGGUGGCUGGAGUCUUUGGCAAAAGUAGGAGCUUCAUAUGUCUCAGGCAAAUCAUAAUUAAAUACAUAAAUGCUCAUAAUUAAUUAGGGAUAAAACAAACAUAUUACAGGAUUUUGUUGUGUCGCUGCGCUGUGCAGCAUCUACCGAACUGUUUGGAUUGGAACACACCCACAUGUAAACAAAUAGUGACGUACACUAUUUUAGUUCCACCCACAAUGCAACGCGGACGAACCUGGGGGAUCCUCCGAGAAGACGGGACAAAAAAAACAAACAGAUUAGAGACAAGUUAAGACAAAGCAGGUCGUUAAAACGAUAAUUUGUGAAUGGUGUAAUUUAAUAGUGGUAGCUCUAGCUGCCUAAUUUUAAGGAAAAAAAAUAGUUUAGUAAGUUCCAACUUUGUUAGUGGAGGUUAGCGGUGUGACAGAAGCCAGACUUUGCUUUGGCGACAGAAGAGUUAGCCAGCUUCAUAGCUAAUGUUAGCUGUCAGCUAUCGUGACAACAAAACAAUGCUCCGUUGAUAACCAUAGUUUGUUAUUUAGCUAGCCAGAGUAUAGACCUGAUCAAAGCUAUCAUUAAAACACACAUCUCUGUGAUUUCUUCAACUAUCAACAAGACCAUUGACGUUGGCUAACUAACGCUAGUUUUCCUUGUCCAAGUGAGCCACAGCCGGUAGUGGCUAUUGUUAAAUUAACUGAGGCGAGUCGCUGAAUCAAUUACUGGGUCAAAAUGAACAGCGACGAGGCGGCAGCUCCGAAACCUGUCACCGACGAUGAUGGAAUGACAUGGUGGUACCGAUGGCUCUGUAAAAUCGUUGGGGUCCUGGGCGGAGUAUCAUGUGCCAUCUCAGGAGUGUGGAUGUGUGUCACUGUCAACCCUUUAAACAUCGCUGCUGGAGUAUGGAUGGUGUUGAAUGCCUUUGUGCUGUUCCUGUGUGAAGUUCCAUUCUGCUGCCAGUUCAUUGAGUUUGCAAAUGCAGUGGCAGCUAGAGCUGACAAAUUCAAGCCAUGGCAGAAAGCCUUCUUCUACUGCGGGAUGGCACUGUUUCCCAUAUUCCUGAGCUUCUCCAUCACCACUUUGUUUGGAAAUGCCAUUGCCUUCGCUACGGGAGUCCUCUAUGGUCUCGCCUCACUGGGCAAAAAGGGUGAUGCGGUGAGUUACGCCAGGCUGAAUCACCAGAAACUGGGGGAUGAGGAGAAGCUGACCGGGACGACUGACGGGUCAAUAUAGUGACAUGGCUUAUCCCUCCGGUCUCACAGAGGAGGAACACUAUCCUUUAUCAAGGGAUAAAGAUGUCAACCCCUCUCCCCCACCAUCUCUUCUCUUUUACCCCACCUCUCCCUCUCUGUUACUGAGUUUAUGUAUCUAAACUGCUGCAUCUUUAAUGUCUUAUUUGAUGAAAUGUGUCCGUAUAGAUUUGAUGUAAUUUGGUCCUUUAAUAGUGUGAAUUUAGUUUGACAUUUUAGUUCAUGUAAAGGUUUAGCGGUUGUUUUAAUACGUUUUUUUUUUUUUUUCAUUUUUGUGUGCUGUUUUGUUGUCCUGGUUACUGGGGUAUCCAUUUUUUGCAAGUAGGAAAAGGAAUGUACCAUUUUAGCCAAUCCGCCUUUCAGGAAACCUGGGCGAUAGUGAAAGUGGAAUUGUAGUUUUUGUUAAGGAUUUUCCCAAGUCAUCUUCCUCUGUUUGCCACCGGCAAUUGGAAAUUCGGCCAUUGGGACAGUAAUCCCAAAUGUAUAUCCAUCCAGUGUACCCAAAGAUGGGAGUCCUCUUUUAUAUUGAUUACUUGAGAUAUGAAGUAACCAAUAUUCAGUUUUCAACUGAACACUUUGAACAAACAUUGACAACAUUGCAUGUUUACAGAGGACAUAGGAUUCACUGUGACAUCAUAGUUCUAACAACGGUUAGAUGAACUAUCUUAUCAGCUUUUGGGGCAUUCUACAAAUUUGCUUGUAAUCAAACAGUCACAGGUUGCUAUAGGUUGUGUAUAUCAUGAGAAGAAAAACAGAUUAAGGGCUCAAUUCAAUACAUCUCUCUGAAGUUCAGCGCUGUAGUGCAAUUGAAAUUCAAAGGUAAUGUUCCCACUUUCGUGGAGACUGCAUUCACGGUAAACGAUGCAUGUGUCGGCUCAAUCGGAAAUGACUUUAACAUUUAAAUCACGCUAUAGCGCUGAACCUCUGCGAUACAAAUUGAAUUGGGCACUAAAGAACGGCUAUAGUGCUUUAGAACCUAUUGUUGUUCCCUUCUGGAACCUGAAUUGACCUCGAACCCGGUUGAUCUAUGCCACUUCAGAAUGUUUAUUUUCGACUCUACAAAUCCUAGUGCGAUCUAGCCUUCUGACCCAUGGAAGCAGAAUGUUAAAGGUUUAAGGACUGUGAUGAGAUAAUGUCUUGAUUCAGAGACUAAUAGGGUUUAACACAGCACACAAAGCAAAUAUUAGUCUUUUUCCUUAGUCAGAUAGGAGAUACAAUCUUCUGUCCAACCUCUGAUCACAGGUGAAAUGUGUUGUUCAGCAACAUGCUACUGUUGUUUUUUUGGUCGACUCUUUUGGUGAAAAGUAAUGCAUUGAGUUAGCUUGUUUGGCCACACCUCUUACAGUAGUGUAUCUCGCACAUUCUCUCUGGAUUGGAAAACAUUUCAAUCAGUAAAAUGGUCGCCCAUGAUUGGUUCUCAGUUAGGCAUAUUUUUUUUUUCUAUAUACAUCAUACAGGGUAACUAGCAAGAACAAUAUUGCAGGUCACUUUAACCAAAGCAUAGGUACUAUCCACAUACACGUACAAAUGAACCAGCUUUUGUUAAAAGGAAUCAAACACUACAGGCAUACAAGCGAUAUUAUAUCACUUAGGAAUAUAUGGAACACUAUUUAGGCUCAUAGUUCAAAACAAUAUGCAACAUAGGCGUGUUAGCAGCUAUCUAAUUGCUAGAUCGAAUCCCCGAGCUGACAAGGUAAAACUGUGUCUUUCUGCCCCUGAACAAGGCAGUUAACCUACUGUUCCUAGGCUGUCAUUGUAAAUAAUUUGUUCUUAACUGACUUGCCUAGUUAAAUAAAGGUUCAAAAUAUAUAUUUCAAUAGUUUCAGAUAUUAUGCAUUUUACCAACAUUUUCAUUACUGUAACAGACCAAAAAAAGUUAAACAAAUCAAUAUUUUAUUUUAACAUUGCUCCCCUAAUGAAAAGGCCUGAGUUAAACAUAACACUGAAAAUAAAUAUUUCAAAUGAAAUAGCUUUUUCCCAAUUUGAGCUCUUCAGCCAUUUUGGUAAUGAGAAGGCCAAAUGGGGUACUCUAGAUGAUGCAUAAUGGAUGAAUAAAACCUGAUUGGAGUUUUUACAGGAACUAGAAAGUUUUUGGACACAUAUCCAGACAUUGUAUGUAAUAAAUAUAGUUUAAUGUAAACUUUGUUUUAUUCAAAUAAGUUAAGCUUUAUAAAAUGACCUGAGAAUUUAAUCCGGGCGCAUUUCGGUAAUACGAUUUUGGGGUGAAAAUGUGAAAAAUUCGGGUAAAUGUAAAAUGGGUUUAAAAAAAGACAUCUUGGUUCUCGGAAUGAUAGUCGAUUUUGGCAGGUUCAUCAUGGUUUUGUAACUCAAUUUGCUAGACAUAUUUCAAAAGAGAUUUACCCCCAUAUACAAGAGGGACACUAAUCCUUACCUUAUGAUCUCUGGGCACAUACAAGUCCUUAAUGGUUACACUAUAGCGUUAUGGAAAAUAUUUUUUACUUAACUGGGAAAGUCAGUUAAGAACAAAUUCGUAUUUACAAUGACAGCUGGAUGAGAUACAGCCUGGAUUUUAACCAGGGACUCUAGUGACACCUCUUGCGCUGAGAUGCAGUGCCUUAGUGUUUGAGGUUCCAGAGUGGUGCAGCAGUCUAACAGCUUGCCCCAUGCAAUAGGAAUGAGUUUUGCAGCACAGACCUCUAGUUUGCUGUAAGGGGUUUCUGUGUAUUCUUCUGUUUAGGUAUGUUGAAUCGAAGUGAAUUUAGUUUGUCUUUGUUGCUUUUUUAUGAUGUAAUAUACUAUAAGGUCAAAAUGAGCAUACUAACUUGGUUGCUAGUUAUAUGGGGGUGCGUUUGUAAAUUCACUCUGGAGUCCCAGAGAACGCUUUGGGCGUUCGUAAAUUGAGCGUUUUGCUCUGGCCAAGGAGUAGGGUUGAUCCGAGCGUUCUGACCUUAACAGCAGUCAAACUAUCCGGCUAAAAUUAGCUAGCUUGAUAGCUACUUCCAUACAAAAAUUAGAGAACACCUCACUCUGACCAUUUUACUCACCCUAGCAGAGCUGGUUAGGCUUUUUUCAUGUUAUCCAGAGCAUUGGUGACUAACUUUGCUGCUGGCAACACUAAUUCGCAUUUUUGCCGACAUUUACUGACACCGGUCAUGUCGAACGUUCUUAAAUUAAUCAGUUAUAGUAGAUGGCCAGAGCAAAUUUACGAACGCGCCCAUGGUAUUCUCGCCAUAUGGCUAAACAUUUUUCCUCCUAGUUAUUACUUGUGAUUUAAAUAUCUUACCUUUAAUUCAUGAAAAACUCUCAAAUACAAAGGCAACACAUAAUCCAAACACUUGGAAUUUAAACUGCAGAUAUUCAACAUCAAGACAUGGAUGUUAGAUCAGAAAAAUACCACAUUUUAAAACAUUCGAACCAGAAAACUGAUAUAGCAGACAAUGAGUGAAAGAUCCAUGCAUAGUUAAAGCGGCACUAGGCUGUUUCUGAUGACCAACUUUCUGAAUGAUUAGGGUUGAGUGGGAUUUGAAUAAAGUCCAUAUUAAUUUGAUCAAACCGCUUUGUGUAAUCCUUAUGGGUCACCAAGAGAUUCCUCAAUUCACUAAGACCUCAAAGUGCAAGUUCACUUCCAAAAGAAACAAUUGUUAAUUCAAUCAAGCCUCCUGUCCUGUGCCAUCUAGUCAAGGGCGAGUCCUCAGUCCCAUUACAGACUGAUGCAGUUCAGUCAGUCAGGUUCAUUUGUGUUUGGGUGAUUUGGGCUUCCUUGGUUCCUUGGUCUUCUUGGUUAACUCCGGGUUGUUAUGACUAGCCUUGAUCUCUGCCUCCCAAUGUUUCUUCACCAUCGUGUACAACCUCAUGGUCGCCUGGGCGUCUUGGACCUGCAACACAUUCUCAGACAUUGGCUACGGUUCACAGUUGUACUACUGUAUAUGUGAGCUACAAAAUAAAGAUUGAUAAAAAGCUGA